AUGGGAGAUCACAGUGAAGCCUUCGACUGGCUUCAUACUGGAGUACGGGUGCACCCAGGAUACGGACUCCUAAUCUUGGAAACACAACAGCGGAUCUAUGAAUUUCUACUGCCUACAAUCAAAGAAGGAGACUGGUAUUCCUUAGCCGCUGUAGCAGCUGACGCACCUUAUCGACUUCCCGCGGGCCUCGAUUUAGCUCCACUCGAAGCCAUUAUUGAUGGUAAACGCUCUGCUGCUAAGGAUCAUCUCUUAGUCCUGCGAAAAGAUCCAGCGUACUUUGCAGAUGUAGCCAAUGAGUAUAAGGAUUACCGCAAGGAAGUCCUCUUAAACAUUAAUGGCGAAAAACACCCUAUAAUAAUACCAUACAUCCGCCCGCUGUUCUGGAACCGUGUCUUGGAAAAUGUUGUUGCCGAUGCUUAUAUGGAACUUGAAAUCUGGAACACUCUUCACUCUCUCGUUGUCAAUCUACGCGGACUCCUUUUAAAAUUCCAUCAUAAGAUAUCAUCGGAGAAGCCUCUGUCCACUGAAUUAUAUGAGGCAUCCGUGCAUUUUACUUUCGAAAACGGAUGGGCUGAGCGAGAGGGUGAAGUCAAUGAAUAUUACAUCAAUCUGACCCGUAGCUGGGAUGUGUUUCUUAGGUCCUUUGAAGGGACAUCUCUAGGUGAACUUGGAGCGACCGAAGAUGGUCGAUUUCAUUAUCCAGUCGAGAAGCGAUGGAAUCGAGAGAAUGUUGAGAUCAUGAGAUUGGUAGAGGAAAUUUUGGAUAGGUUUUGGCAUGCGGUAGAUGCGUACACGAUACAAAGGACUCCUGAAUGGGUAGAGCCGAAGAAGCAGUCUCCCGCAGAAAUCCAGUUUGAGUUGGUACAUCGGACAGAAAAGACUAUCGCACUAAUAACUCAGAUGCCACCUAAGACUAAAAUUAAGUCUCGAGGAGAGUCCGCAAAAUGCGCAAACGUCAUAAAUUCGGAGCUCCCCGCCAAGACUGGCGACGUACAACCAGUGUUCAAAGUAGACAAGCGCUCGUUCAAAGUCUUCUCUACAUUGUUCCUUCCAACCAUCUCAAAGCUUUCAGCUUGGAGAGCUCCCCUGGAACGAUUUUCUCCACGCGAUGAGCAACACCGCCUUUGUACUGGAGACGCUCUAUGGAUCUGUAUGACAGUUCACACAGAGAAAUCUUGA